ACCACUACAGAGGUUGUGGGCCUGGAUCCGAGUGUCACAGCCUGGGGGACUAAACUCACACCAAUGAAUGGAAGUAACUCAGCCCUCUCUAAGUGUGCCAAGGGGACCCUGACCUCAGCUGUUCUGGUGUUCAUCAUUGCCCUGGCUGGGCUGGCAGCAAAUGCGGUGGUGCUCUGGCUGCUGGGCUUGCGCAUGCGGAGGAACCCCUUCUCUGUCUACAUCCUCAACCUGGCGGGAGCCGACUGCCUCUUCCUCUGCUGCCAGAUUGUGUUUUCCCUGAGGACACUCAUCUACAAAUUCCAUUCCGUGUGUAUUUCCAUCCCCUAUAUUUUCCUCACUGUGUCCAUCUUCGCCUACAUCGCAGGCCUGAGCAUUCUCAGCGCCAUUAGCACAGAGCGCUGCCUGUCAGUCCUGAGGCCCAUCUGGUACCGCUCCCACCGCCCCAGACACCUGUCAGCCGUCACGUGUGCCCUGCUCUGGGCCCUGUCCCUGCUGCUGAGCAUCCUGGAAGGGAACUACUGUGGCUUCCUGGAGACGCAACGUUACCAAGCUUGGUGCCAGGCGUUUGAUUUCAUCAUUGCUGCGUGGCUGAUUUUGUUACUCGUGCUCCUCUCUGGGUCCAGCCUGGCACUGAUGACCAGACUGCUGUGUGGCUCCCAGCGGGUGCCGCUGACCAGGCUCUACGUGACCCUCAUGCUCACAGUGCUGGUCUUCCUCCUCUGCGGCCUGCCCUUUGGCUUCAAGUGGUUUCUGUGUUACUGGAUUCGGAAAUUUUGCAGUGAAACGUUUUCAUAUUUCCUUACAAGAACUGGGAUUAUCUUGUCUAGUCUUAACAGCAGUGCCAACCCCAUCAUUUACUUUUUUGUUGGCUCCUUUAGGCAGCAGAAGCAGCUGCGGCAGACCCUCGGGUUGGUUCUCCAGAGGGCUUUGGAGGACAUCACUGAAGAAAAGUGGGGGAAGCCUUCUCAAGGAACCAGGGAGACUUCAGGAAGCAGUUUCACCCAGUGAUUCUCUAUCAAGCAGGGUUCAGUGAGAGAAAUAGUACAUAUAGAGGUUUCUAUAUUAAUAUAGAAAUGUAAGAAGAUGAUACAUAUAUACAUAUCCAUAUAUGGUUAAACUGUCUCUGCAAGGCUGUUUUCUGAUUCUAGAGCUUCAAGUCUGCAGGGCAAACUAGAACCCAGGAGCCUGUGCUAAAACCCAUGAUAAUGACCAGAAUUCAUGUCAGUCUCUCUCAGUGGCUGCGUUUUGAUGAGACAAGAGUUCUGCAGGAGAAGUUGGCUCCCUUCAUCAUGGAGCUAAACACACUCCUGAUCAGAGUCAGAGGCUGAGGAGGAUCCGGGAAGGUGGAGCAGCUGCAGACCCAGCUGCUGCCUCACACCCAUGCAAUGCACAUGCAUGAGCACUCUGCUGCCUUGCACUAAUCUUCCGUGCAUAAAAACAGUAUGGCUGCUGCUUCAUUUCCAACCACCAAAUUUUGUUGAUGCCCACCCUAACUAGAAACAUACAUAGAAGGGAAAGGAAUUCUGGAAAACAGUUCAGCCUAGCCAAGUCAACACUUUUAAACCCAUCACAGUCUACCCCUUGUCAACUCGGCAUCCAUAAACACCUCAUUAAAUCAUAACAAAGCAAAGUCAACCUUCUUCUUAACAUGAUAUACUUAUCUCACCUAUAUCUGAA